AACUCCAAUUGAAUAUUGGCGGAAGAGUCCCCGGGCGGGAAAAUCAGCAAAUCUGAGACUUCUUCUCGGGAAGAGUUCACACUUCACCCUAAGGAAUCAGGAUGGAGAGAAUCCACGUGUCUGUGAGAGCGAGGCCUCUGUCGCCGGAAGAUGCAAAGUGCAGCCCCUGGCGAAUCUCCGGCGACUCUAUCUUCAUUCCCAACCAGCCCGCCAAGUUUGAUUUUGAUAGAAUCUUCGGGGAGGAAUGCACAACGCUUGAAAUCUACAAAGCUCGAACUAAAAAUAUUGUUUCUGCUGCAAUUCAAGGAUUUAAUGGGACUGUCUUUGCAUAUGGUCAGACAAGUAGUGGAAAGACACAUACUAUGAGAGGAUUAGCAAACGAACCUGGAGUCAUCCCUAUGGCUGUGCAAGAUCUGUUUAAUUUCAUUGGAGAGGAAAGGGAUAGAGAGUUUCUUCUACGGAUGUCGUAUAUGGAAAUCUAUAAUGAGGAGAUAAAUGAUUUGUUGGCUCCAGAGCACCGAAAGUUGCAAAUCCAUGAAAGUGUAGAGCGGGGAAUAUUUGUCGCUGGCUUAAGGGAGGAAAUUGUCGCCUCUCCUGAUCAAGUGCUUGAACUCAUGGAUUUUGGAGAAUGUCAUCGACAUAUUGGAGAAACUAAUAUGAAUGUAUACAGCAGUAGGUCACACACAAUUUUCCGGAUGAUAAUUGAGAGUAGGGAGAAGGCUGAAGAUACAAAAACAGACAAUUCUUGUGAUGCAGUCCGUGUAUCUGUUCUGAACCUGGUGGACCUUGCUGGUUCAGAACGUGCUGCCAAAACCGGAGCAGAAGGUGUUCGCCUAAAAGAAGGUUCCCACAUCAACAAAAGCUUGAUGACUUUAGGAACUGUAAUAAAAAAACUAAGUGAAGGUGCUGAGAGUCAAGGGGGUCACGUUCCGUAUCGAGACAGUAAACUAACACGUAUCUUGCAACCUGCACUGGGUGGAAAUGCAAACACUGCCAUCAUAUGUAAUAUCACUCUUGCCCAGAUUCAUGCUGAUGAGACUAAAAGUAGUCUUCAAUUUGCAAGCAGGGCAUUGCGGGUUACAAAUUGUGUUCACGUGAAUGAGAUAUUGACUGAUGCUGCAUUGCUCAAGCGUCAAAAGAAGGAGAUUGAGGAGCUGCGAGCAAAAUUGCAGGCAUCACAUUCAGAACAUCCUGAUGAAGAAAUAUUGAAUCUUCGGAACACUUUACUGAAGAGUGAAUUGGAGCGGGAACGAAUUGCGUUAGAGUUGGAGGAGGAAAAGAAAGCUCAGGUUGAAAGGGAGAAGAGGUUACAAGAGCAAGCCAAGAAAAUUGAGAACUUGAGUUCUAUGGUGCUAUGCUCAAAUAGGGAUGAGGCUCGUGAUACCUAUAAAAAGGAUAAACGGCGAUAUACAUGCUGUCCAGGUAACCUUUCAAGGGAGGCUUUGAAGGAGUUGAACUCCGCAGUCACAGAGAAGGCUUCUGUAGUCGAAGCCAAAAGGAUAGAACGUGACAUUGGACCACUACUUCCUUUUGAAGAACUAUUAGAUGCUGACAGCAUUGGAGACUCUAUCAAGCAAGAAGACAAUUCAAGGAGUAACCAAUUGGAAGACUGUACUCUCCCUGGCCCGCGGGCUUUGUUGCAUGUGACUAGCAGGAGAAAAGGAGCCUCUAGAAAAAAAAGCUCCUCAAUGGAAGACAAUGAAUUAUCGGAACUUCAAAGGGAGUAUGAGGAGUUGCUAUUAAAAUUUGAAUCACAUAAAACCGCGAGUGAGGUAAAAGUUGACUAUCUAACAAGGAAGCUUUUUGAGGCUGAUAUUCAUCUGGUCGAUGGUUCUGAGCAAGACGACAAUUCUUUGAUGCACUUGAAUGGAAGCAAAACUUUGAGAGAGUCGGAAGCUAUUUUGGUGAUUAAGCAGCUGCAAGAGAAGAUCACUGUGCUAGAGAUGGAGAGAUCCUCAAGCCAACAGAAUUUGGACUCUGUUGUUGAGAUAGCAACAGAGCAAACCAUAUCUGCAAGAGAGAAGCAUGAAGAGCUUUACCAAGAGCUUUUGAGUGCAAAACUUGAGGCACAAGGGGCUCAUGAACAACUUGCUUCAAUGCAAUCUGCAGUAUUUCUUGUUGAGGAUAACAUGAACUCUGAAAUUGAGCUGCUGAGAGAGGUUCAAGAUAUGAUGUCAGAAUUUGAAAAUUCACGAACCUUAAUUGAUUCACUCAUUCCUGUGGUAGAGGAGCUUGUCCCGUCUUUCUCUGCCAUAUCCAAACUGGUUCUUGUGAGUACUGAUUUGAAGUCUUCAGCACUUGACAGUUCCAACCAAAUAAGAUCCAUAAUUAGAAACCAUGAGAAACUACAGUCUUUCUUGAGGCAAAAGAUUAAUGUAGUUGAGGAUGAAAAGAUUCUACUGGAUAAUCAGAUAGAAGAACUGAAAAGAGCUAUUGAAGAUUCUGGAAAUGCAUUAACAGAAAUCUCUGAAAAAUGUGAAGCAGAAAAAUCUGAACACCUUUCUCAAAUUCAAAGUCUUCAAAAGGAACUUUCAUGCUUAUCUUCUAGUUCCUUAGUCAGAGAGAAGGAAAGCAUUAGAAAAGAUUUGGAGAAAACAAAAGCAAAGUUGAGAGACACAGAAUCCAAACUUAGGAAUGCCAUCCAAGAGAAGACAAAACUUGAGGGUGAAAGAGCUUGUGCUGAGAGGGAAAUUAAACGCUUGAAUGGACAGAGGGCUAUUCUUGAGCGUGACAUCAAUAAACGAGACUCGAUCAUUGGAAGAAGGCGUGAUUCAGUUGUUGAUAGGAGCUCUAAUGUGUUCGACUCCAAAAGAGCCAAGAAUUCCUCUGUUUGUGUUGAACAUGUUGUGCAGUGGUUAGCUAUACCUGGAGCUGUAGGUGGUGGAAUUGGAGUUAUAAGUGGUGGAGCUACAACUGGAGCUGUAGGUGGUGGAGCUGGAGAUAUAGAGGAAAAUGAAUGUGAGAUAGUGAUUGAAUCUCCAAAAGAUGAAACUGAAAUAGCUGGGAAAACACUGUUUACAACAGAAAACAGAAAAACUAUUUUACGCCGGAAACACUGUUCACACCAAAAAAACACUGCAGCUCGCCGAAAAAUUGUAAAGUUUGUCGUAACCAGGAUGGAUAGAUUCGGAAUUCCCUUGCGAGCAAGCUGUCCUGAAGAAAUGUUUUCAAAAAAUAAAAGGCUCGGAAUUGUGAGAAGAGCAGACUGUCCUGAAGAAGCUUCGAAAAUGGCCGGAACUCUCGCUGGAGAAGUUGUUGCCGGCGCGUGGAGGCGCGUGGCAGCUUUUUUGCCGGAUAAAUUUUCAGGGGUUGGUCAUCGGAGG